AUGAGCUCAAUCCCCCUCCUUUCCCUUCUCGAGCGACUUCCAUCAUAUCUCCUUCGAACGAAAGCACAAUUCGUGCAUGGAAACCCCUUGGACCACGUCGCAUGGAACUACGCAGAUAAGAAGCAGACCUACCGCCAAUUCUGUCAAGAGAUGUCGACUCGAUUCUUUAACAUUUCGCAAGAAAUCCGGUUCCGAGAUGCAACUGGAGGCUCGUUACGGCUGGCCCUAACAUUCCUCCGACCAUGGUUCUACUCGAUGAUCCUGAAAGACUUCAACCUUGCCGUCUCCACCCUUCGAGACCUCGCCAUCAUCAUCGCCCAUUGGGGAGGCCAGUGGUGGGCACGCGACCACGCCGAGCUGAACAGUACUCUCGACUCCAUGACUUUCACGCUGGGCGAAGAAUUACUUCAACGGAUCAAGCGUCAGGACAUGGAGUCUUCAAAGCUCCAGGAUACGGUCGAGACUCUGGAGAGGAUUAUUCGAACGCACGAGACGGAAAGGUUGACACAGCCUUCUCCUCUCGCGGAGACCUGUCAUCAAUGUGCAUCCUCACCGAUCACACCCUUGUCAUCUCCCAGGGUCCGGCCAAGGCGUACGAUGUCAAUGAGCAUCUCAGGGCCCAACCCUGCAAUUCCGGCGUUUCACACUCCCAUCACCCCGCCGGAUUCUCGAAGGAACUCGUGGGUUAUGUCAAGGCCUGGUUCGCCAUCUCGACAGCCGUCGAUUCAUUUCCAACCUUUCACCCCUCCACCGGAUUUCCCAGUGCAACGUUCCAGGGCUCCCUCCUUGUCACUGUCGCGACCACCACCGCUGUCUCCUCUUCCUGCAACUCCUCCUACACCUACGAAGCCUCUGCUUCCAGUUUCGACAGUUGAUGAGCCAAUCCCUGAGGUCGCCAGUCCCGUUGAGCAGUACGAAGCUCCGAAGACUCCAGUCCGAUCGAAAGAGCGGGAGCUCUCUGAGGAUUCAGGGCUGGUACCGGCUGGGUCCUACCUUCCCACUCCGCCCAUGGAGCACGAUGUCCCUCGAACCCCCAUUCAAUCCCGGAUGAACCAAGUCGAAUCAGACGACGGGAUCAUCCAUCGUGCACAGGUUGUAUCCGCACUUCCGACACCUCCUUUGGACUCGCUCUUCACCGAAGGCCUGCGAGCACGGACGCUGUCCGACGUGUCCUCGAAGGGACUCAGGAUCCUCAUCCCGUCUGCGCCGACCCGACUUGUCUUCCCUCCUUCUCCACAGCAGGACGGCCCUACUGAACUCGAUCCUCAGGCAGCAGAAGGAUCAACCCACUCGUCUCCCCAAACCCUCGCGUCACCCUUCUCCGAAACCCCCAGUAGAACCGACUCCACACUCCUCGAGCCCUCCACUCUGGGCUCUCCCAUCCGCCUCAUCGGCUCCAACGACUUUACCCGACUCCCUGCUGUCCCUGCCUCGCCCGCGGUUUCGUGGGGCAGUGCACCCACUCUCCCAGCAUCGCCUGUGACCCCAGAGGGCUCGCCCACGGGUCAGGCGAAGUGGUUGAGCAAGGUGUCGUCAAAGACUUGGUGGAGUCCUCGACGGACGUUCUCCGGGUCGAGUUUGACGCCGGUGGAAGGGUCACCCACGUCCGCCUCGAGGAGUUCGUUAUCGGAAGAUGCGGUCAAGUCUCCUCACAGCGAUAUAUCGCCCUCGAGUCCUCAUGUGCAGGUUCGAACCAGGGAGGAUGAGGUUAGGUAUCUAACACCCAGACCUGGCGUGAAGAUCCUCGCUUCUCCUAUUAUCCCAUUGGAGUUGGGCGAGGACGCGGCGGAGGAUGGGGUGGAAGUCGAGUAUGACGACAAGGGCCGCGUGCGGGCUGUUCGUCGGCGUCGUCAGAAUACGAUUUUGGAUACGGCCUCGACGGUCGUUACGGGCUUCCUUGUGGGGGCUUUUGUAACUUUGUUUUUGGUCUCGACGCAGCGGAGGACGCUGCUGUCUUUGACUUAGAUCCGGUAUUAAUGUGCUGGGCACGGGAUCGUGUAUGUUUAAGAUUCGUUAUUGCUUUGCGUCGUUUUCCGUUG